CUACUACUGUACCUAUGUGGAUCCCCGCGCUUUCGCGGACGGGGACGCUUGCACUAAUGCAGAUGCCCGCAUGUACUCACCGUCUCCUCAUCUAGCCUCGCCUCGAUGCGUCGCUUUACGGCUCCUACAAUUAGGGGGUCCGAGGUUCAUUUCGCUGCGUCGCAUUCGCUCCUGCUGAUGUGGAAAUCGCAACUCGCCUCGGCUCGCUUUUGCACAGGUCGGGGCCAAUAUCGGGCAAGGUUACGCCUGUGGGGCUUCUUCCCGAAAGAAAUAGCUGCUUGCAAUCAAGCAUACAUUUUUGUUCCUUCUCACUACUCACACAAGCACAACAGCGCCCAUAGAAUUACGUCUGCAUGGGGCGCAACCCCGAGAUGAUACCCAGCCGAAUCAAUUGAACGGGGUACGUAAAUUUUGUUGUCAUCCCUAAGAGGACACAUUAGUAAAACGGAAGCUUUGAAAUACAAAAGUAGAUGGGGGUAUUACUGCAAGCGGUGCGUCCGAUAGUAUGGCUCAAUAAUGC